AUGGUUGACAGACACAGAGGUCGUGGUAGACCCAGAACCCAGAAUUCAGACUCUGAACCGCCAAGUGAUAGUGAAGGUUUUCAAUGGCCUCAGUUUGUACAACAGAUGCAACAGCAACAGAACCAAUUCAUGCAACAUAUGAUGCAACAGUGGAAUGGUGGUUUGCAUCCUCAAGGGGUUCCACAAGAAGCUGCAGGUGGUAGUUUCCGAGAUUUCUUCCGCAUGAAUCCUCCUGAAUUCCAUGGUGGGUUGAAUCCUGUGAAGGCUCAGGAGUGGAUAACCAGCAUGGAAAGGAUUUUUCAGAUAGUGCAUUGUAGUGAAGAGAAUAAGGUUGUAUUUGCUACUCCCAUGAUGAAGGGUCAAACUGUGAGAUGGUGGGAGAGUGCUUCGACUCUUAUGACCAAUCAAGGAGUACCUAGGGAUUGGGAGCAUUUUAAGACUAUUUUCCUAGAUAAGUAUUUUCCUAGUUCUUUGAGGACUCAGAAAGAGUUUGAGUUUCAACAGCUUAGACAGGGUACUAUGACAGUAGUUGUGUAUGCUGAGAAGUUCGAAGAUAUGGAUGCUUAUUCUAGGCAGGCCGCAUACGCACCUGAUGAGAGGUGGAAGAUUGAUGAGUUUCUUUUUGGUCUGAGGGGUGAAAUUUCUCAUAGUGUUUCUCAAAGGGAAUUCACUUCUUAUGCUGAAUUGUUAAGGCAAUGGUAUGUGACUGAUAACAGUUUGAAGAAAGUUCAAGAAGAAAGGGAUCGGUAUAGGAGUAGACAGAGAGACCAAGGGAGGCCAGGUAUCCAGUUCAGGCCUAGACCUCGGGCUUUCAAAGGAAAACAGGUGCAACAUGCAAGACCUAACCAUCCUCCUCAAUGUCAAGUGUGUAAGAAGUCUAAUUUUGGAAGAUGUGUUGGAAGUGGAGUUAGAUGUUUUACUUGUCAAAGGGAGGGACACAUGUCUAGGGAAUGUCCCCGGAAUAAGAAUCAGAUGCAAGGGAGGAGCACCGGUCGAGUUUAUACUUUGGAUGCAAGGAAGGCUAAGAGCAACAAUGCCUUAAUUGCUGCAAUUCCCUUGUCUCCUCCUAUGGUGGUUACUACCGCCAUGGAUGAUGUAGUUGAGACACCGUUGAUUUGUGAAAAUUGUUCGCUCUCGGUGAAUGGUAGAAUUUUCCAGAUUGAUCUUAUUUGUUUACCACUUAAGAAGGUUGAUGUGGUUUUGGGGAUGGAUUGGCUUUCCGUCAAUUCGGUGUUUAUUGGAUGUGAAGAGAAGAUGAUUAUCAUUCCAUCUAGUGAAGCUACUCUAACGGAUGUAUUAACUACUAUCUUAGAAGGUACGGUUGGCAUGGUUAAUUUCUUAUUUGAGAAGGAAAAGUCAGUUCUCUUGGUACUUACCAAGGAAUCUAGCGAUAAUCUGAGUGUUACACAAAUACCUGUUGUUUGUGAAUUUCCGGAAGUUUUCCCCGAGGAUGCCACCUCUCUUCCUCCUAAAAGGGAAGUGGAAUUCUCUAUUGAUCUAAUACCUGGGACAACUCCAAUCUCCAUUUCUCCGUAUCGCAUGGCGCCAGUCGAGUUGAGAGAGUUGAAGAAUCAAUUGGAAGAAUUAUUAACCAAGCAUUUCAUCCGACCUAGUGUCUCUCCAUGGGGAGCUCCAGUGUUAUUAGUAAAGAAGAAGGAUGGUAGUAUGCGGUUGUGUAUUGAUUAUCGCCAGUUGAAUAAAGUUACCACUAAGAAUAAGUAUCCCCUGCCAAGGAUAAACGGUUUGUUAGAUUAG